CACACACACAAUGCCCUCCCGGAAGAGGAGUCAGUUGUUCCGUGCAGUUUUGUGUCCAGCAUGGCCGCGGUGAGCUUUAGCGGGCUGUUCCUGGCGUCUGUCGCCUUGAUAAACUUUAUUUUCGUGUUCGGGACGUGCGUGGAGUUUGUCAAGUUCAUAUCUUUCCGAGCGAUUUACUACAACAUCACGGGGAGAGCGCCGCAGGUCCAAGAGUCCUCCUCCCGUGGUUGGUCAGUAGCUCUUCAGGACCCGGCCGUGCUCCGGCCCCUCGCGGUUGACCUGGCCUUGCUCUUUCUCUUCGCGGUGCAGCACAGCCUUCUCGCCGUGGAGUCGGUCAAGAGACGCCUCCGGGCGGUGUUCGGAGUGCUGCAGCGCGGCUUCUAUGUAUUCACCACUGCCUUGGCGCUGCAGGUGUUGAUCCGAUACUGGCAGCCUGUGCGUGACGCCCCCUUUCUGUGGAACAGCAGUACUGCGCCCUGGAGCACCUGGCUGCCUCUGCUGUGCUUCAUCAUUCACUUCCUGUGCUGGCUCAUCAUAUUCAGCAUCGUCCUCAUCUUCGACUACGCAGAGCUCAUGGGCAUCAAGCAGGUGUAUUAUCACUGCCUGGGUCUGGGUGACCCUCUCUCUAUGAAGUCCCCACGAGCACAGCGUCUCUACGCUCACCUGCGCCACCCUGUCUACCUGGAGGUGUGUGUGGUUCUGUGGGCAGUACCCUGCCUUUCUCUUGACCGGCUGCUGCUGUCCGGAGUGCUCUCCCUUUACCUGACCUGCGGCCACUCCCUGGACACCAGAGACUACACCUACCUGAGUGCCCAGCUGCACAACAAGCUGGACCUGUUCAGCCGCUCCGCCCAGCCCGGGAGCAACGGUCAGCCGGUCAGCGCCACCACAGCCAGCUGCAAAGAAGAAUGAAACAAGGGGGCACCUGAUUGGUUCUGUGCCUUGGAACCGCUGACCAAUCAAAUCAUGCGUUCUCCUGCCUCAAUAUUAUUGUUGCACGAACCAAAUAUUCUAUUGUUUAAUAGAAAUAUAUUUUUAUACCGUCGCCCAAGUCAAAGCAGUAGAUCGAGCAAUGGUCCCCUUCCUCAGUGUUAGAAGAUGCCAUUGCUGGGAUAAUAUGGAAACUUUCUAGAGACAAAAAGGCCGGGCUGAUCAACAGACACAAUUACAAAUGAUAUUCUGAGUGUUUUUACAGUUCCGUUGCCUGCUUAUGAUCUUUGAUCAUUGUUACCGGUUCUCACUGCAAUGACUCUCAAAAUAGUUUUUCAUUAUUUUAAGUCUUUAUUAACAAGCUUUCACUGUGAGUUCAGGAGCUGCUUUUCAGUUCUAGUUGCCUGCCACUGACACGUGUAAUGUCGACUAGAUCGGCUAAAGCAGCAGCAGCACCAGCGCCAUCUAGUGCACAGCUGUAUAUUACCAGCAAAACUGAAGAACAGCUCCUGGAUUCAGAUGAAAACACCAAAUCAGUAAAAAAGAACAAAAAAAAAAAACAGUAUUUGAGUCAUUGCAAUAAAAACUAUCCUGAAUGGUUACUAACAUCAAAAAAGGUUCUUGUUCUUUUAGGGAGGUUGUUUUCCUUGCAUUUCUAAAUAAAUGUUUUAAUUAGAAAACUGCCUUUUAAGAAGCCAGGAAUAGUUCAGAAUUGUUCCUUAAAAGCACAUAUAUAUGUGUGUGUGUUAAUUUGCACACAUUUUCUUUAAAAUGUUGCCAGUAAAACAAAAAUACAGUUUACUGUAUAAAUCAAGGCGAUCCCUCCCCUUUUUUAAAAUUCUGUUUUGCACCCUGAACUAUAGAAGAUUAAUGUGCUUCUACCUACUACAAUAAUCAAUCCUGCAUCUCGUGUAUACACUGGGCAGGUCUCGCGUGUGCAGCUUUGAAACAAGCUCAUGUAUUUCCAUACUAUCUUAAAGAAAGUUUGCAUGCCUUCCUUUCAUGUAUUCUGUUCAGGCUGGUUAAUGAUGUGAAAAUGGCAAUGGCCCAAGUGGAGUGACCUAGGAAGUGCAAGAGGAACAGACUAUCUGAAAGUCAGUGCCAGUAGAAAUGCAUUCAACCUAGUAUGACUCCAGAUACUGGCUUAUAAAAUGUAUUGUUUCAAAAUGUCUGUUACAGGGGGGGCCCCAAAGUUAGCUAUUCCACUCCAGAUCUUUGUUUGAACCCUGUUCUAAAUUGUUUGAUUGAACCAAUGUUCAGUUCUAGUUGCUAACUGUUCCUGUUAAACCUGGAGUGGAAUGCCCCUGGUCUCUCAUAACCACCUACUGCUGCAUGUAGUAGCAGGGGUAUUUCCAAUAAGCCUGCAGAUUUCGUUAUCUCAUAAUGAUGUUACACUAGAAUCACAUUCUGUGGUCUCUCUGUGCUGUACUCUUCUGGAGUUUGCUUUCUUUAAAGUUGCAGCCAGACAGUGUCCCAGAAGCAUAUCACAUGCACUAAAUAAAAUAUACUAGUCUCUACGUACUUAAUUCUUUCAUAGCUUAGUUCCUGUAAUGUUGCAGACAGAUAGUGUCUCAAUGUGAUGUUCAGUUGACACUACAAUAGCAUACACUGGUGCCCUUUUACUGUAUUAGGGUUUAACUGGACAGAAAAACCCAUCUUUCAAUGUAUGUAUGUUACAUUUUGUUUAAGCAUGAGUAUUGCUGUUUCGUUUUUUUAUAUAUAGCUAAUAUGCCAGCAUGUAUUGCACACACUAUUUUGUGUUUGUAUUUAUUUGAUUUAUUAGAUAGUACAGUUAGACAUGACUUGAAACAAAGCUGGGUUUUGUCACCAGCUCUGCACUUGUCCAGUUUUGUUAAAAGUAAGCGGCUUAUUUUAAAAUAAAAAGAAAU